GGCUACGGCGCUGUUAUACUGUAACACCCGGUACCCAAGCAGUGAGAUGUAGUUUCGGUGACUCCGACAAUCAGAAAAAAAGAGAUUAGAAAACAAAAACAGCGUUUACACGCUUUACUUUGAGAAGCACAUUGGGAAAGGGGGCAGACCGUAUCAGCAUGGCAGAAAAUAUAAUCAUCCGCGUCCAGUCUCCGGAGGGGAUGAAAAAGAUUCCGUCCACCAAGAGGGAGACGGCCGCCACCUUCCUGAAAAAGGUCGCCAAGGAGUUUGGUUUCAGCUCCAAUGGCUUCUCGGUGUACCUGAACCGCAACAAAACCGGAGAGAUCGUUUCCCAGAACAAGACACUCAGCCUCCUCAAGAUCAAGCAUGGUGACAUGCUCUUCCUGUUUCCCUCGGGAGCGCCGGGCCCCUCCGGCGAGGUCAUGGACGUGACCGGCCCUCACACCUCGUCCUCAUUACCUUCGACGUCAUCCGCCUCUGCUUCAUCGUCAUCGUCAUCGUCCUCGCAAAUGCCACGCUCCCUGUCUGCGCCACAGAUCACCGAGGAUGACAUCGACCAGUAUCUGGCCAAACAGGACGGAAAAAUCUACAGGAACAGAGACCCGCAGCUGUGUCGACAUGGGCCAAUGGGGAAGUGUGUACACUGCGUACCGUUAGAGCCCUUUGACGAGGACUACUUGAACCACCUGGAUCCCCCUGUGAAGCACAUGUCGUUCCACGCUUACAUCCGUAAGCUGACGGGCGGGGCAGACAAAGGGAAGUUUGUAGCCCUGGAGAACAUCAGUUGCAAAAUCAAGUCUGGCUGUGAGGGACACCCACCCUGGCCAGAGGGGAUCUGCACAAAGUGCCAGCCCAGUGCCAUCACGCUGAACAGACAGAAAUACAGACAUGUGGACAACAUCAUGUUCGAGAACCACACCAUUGCUGACCGUUUCCUGGACUUCUGGAGGAAGACGGGAAAUCAGAGGAUGGGCUUCCUGUACGGCCGCUACACCGAGCACAAGGACAUCCCCCUGGGCAUCCGCGCCGAGGUGGCAGCCAUCUACGAGCCCCCCCAGAUCGGUACUCAGAACAGCCUGGAGUUAGUGGACGAUCCCAAGGCUGCAGCAGUGGAGGAGAUCGCCGCUAAACUGGGCCUUCGUAAGGUGGGGUGGAUCUUCACAGACCUACUCUCAGAGGACACCAGGAUAGGCACAGUGCGCUAUACCAGGAACAAGGACUCGUACUUCCUGAGCGCGGAGGAGUGCAUCACGGCCGGAGACUUCCAGAACCGGCAGCCCAACCCCUGCCGCCUCUCGCCGGACGGCCACUUUGGAUCCAAAUUUGUCACCGUCGUAGCGACAGGGGGUCCUGAUAACCAGGUGCACUUCGAGGGCUACCAGGUGUCCAAUCAGUGCAUGGCUCUGGUUCGGGACGAGUGUCUGCUUCCCUGCCGGGACGCCCCCGAGCUGGGGUAUGCCAAGGAGUCUAGCACAGAGCAGUAUGUCCCAGACGUCUUCUACAAGGACAAAGACAAAUUCGGCAAUGACAUCACAUACCUCGCCCGACCCCUUCCUGUGGAGUAUCUGAUUAUAGACAUCACCACCACCUUCCCAAAGGACCCUGUCUACACCUUCACCUCCACCCACCGAUUCCCCAUCGAGAACCGGGACGUACUGGGAGAGACACAGGACUUCCACAGUUUAGCCUCGUACCUGUCCCAGAGCUCGUCAUCCGUUUUCCUGGACGUAGUGUCUGACUUCCACCUGCUGCUCUUCCUGGUCACCAAUGAGGUCAUGCCCCUGAAGGACAGCAUCGGCCUUCUCCUGGAUGCGGUGAAGACCUCCAACGAGGAGCUGGCUCAGACCUGGAAGAAGUCCGAGCAGUGGGCCACCAUCGAGCAGCUGUGCGGUACGGAGGGCGGGCAGCCAUCUGGGCCCCACGAGUACGGAGCCAUGGGGGGGCCCUCUGUCCCCGCGUCCUCCGCCAUGUGGUCCUGCCUGCACUGCACCUUCAUGAACCAGCCCGGAACAGAGCACUGCGAGAUGUGUAGCCUGCCACGCAGCUAAAAGCCCCCCAGCCACGCCCAGCCACGCCCGGGAGGAGGGGGAGCCCCACCGCCAGCCGCAUCAUCGCACGGGGACCAGCUGCAAGAAAGGGUGUCUCUUACUCUCCCCCCGACACCCCAACCACCAUCUCACAGGCUGCCUUCGGGGUGUGGGGGGUGCGGGGGUGCGGGCGUGGGCGGGCAAUGCACCCGGUGUCACCUGUCCGUUUCCAAAUGAUGUCACUGUGUAGACUGAUCACCUUAAUUACUGUAAUAUUCCUUUCCUUAAUCACUAAACUGCCCUCCCCAGACCCCCCCCCCACCGCCCCACCUCAGACAAGGGCAAGUCUGAGGAAACCUUUGCCCCCCCAACACCAACAAAAACAAAAUUUAGGUGAAGCUCAGCUCAGCCCUUAGACCAGGCUGAUGCUGAGGUGAUAAGGGAUGGCAGCUAGACCCCAAGCGGUCGAAUUCCACCUGCUCCCUCCCACCUCAUCCAAACAACACCCCCCCCACCCCCCAACUCCUCUUAUCCCCGCAUUUGUCCUGAAACAGAUUGUGUAAAUAUGCAUUUGAAGAAUGAUGCUGUUAUUUAAUUACAGAUGAAGCAUUGGGGUUUGUUUUGUUGGGUUUUCAUUAUUUUCUUUUUCCUUCGAUUGUAGUUGUGUCAUGACAUUGGAAAAAAAACCCAUUCAGUUUUGUUCAGUAUUCUGGUUUGAGGCUGAGUUAGGACUGCAGUAAAGAGAGACAGGUAGCUGGAAUACCUGUAGAGGCCUGUGCUCAUUGCUUUAAGAUGUAAUGCUGGGUUCCUGCUGCCUGUCAACAGCUGUGCAGAUCACCCAUGUACCUGGCUCUCUCUCUCUCUCUGACGCCCAGUCUCUCUCAGUUCUCUAACCCUGGGCUGAAUCUGAGAGCAGGUGACGGUGCAGGUUGCAGGUGUGUCUCUGAGCACAGGCGAGUUCCCCUGCGAUGGGGGGGGGGACCUGGGUCUCUGCAGCGACUGGACGCGUAGAAGCCCCCCAGCACAUCCGGGCGGUUUGCGCUUGCGUUUCCUCCAGGUGCUUUUGCUCCCGGAUCUUUAGUGGGUUUGGACCGGUGCUCUGCUCUCGUGUGUGAAGGAAGGUGUGGUUUUUGGCUUUGGCUGUAUUUUGGACUGGAAUGAUCUGCGUGUGGGUGCGGUUUUCACCCCCACCAGCGUGACGUGCUCCGGGCCCUGAGGGUCUGAGGCCUCUGUGGCAGACUGUGCUACCAUUUCUCGUGUCACACCCCCUCCUCCCCCCGCCCCCUCACUGCCCCUGUUCUGCAGAUUGAUUUGUUGGCGACGAGCAGUUUCCAGCUGCAUCCCCUAUGCCAGCUGUACUCCCACUUGCCCUCUCCCUUCUUCAGCUCCCUUCUCCGGUCUCUCCAGGAUCCCUCCUCCUCUCUCCCCCUCUGCGGUGUCUGCACUCUCUCUCUCCCCCCUCCCUCUGUCUCACGUGCUCUCCUCUUCCUCCGCCUUCGGUCCAGGGGGAGCAGUGUGGGUAGCCCCUCCACUCAUAUUCCCAAAAUGAGGUGUUCUGAUUGCACCUCCAAAGACUUCCAGGUGUGCUUUGUCUGCUCAACUCAUUGGGGGGGUCAGAGGUCAAGACCAAGCACUCUCCAAAAAAAAAAAAAAAGUACAUCAGUGGAUCUUGUUUUCUUGUUAGUCCAAUAUGUUCUGCACCUGUGAGAUGCACGUGGGGGGAGUGGGGGAGGGGGGGGGUCGCUGAGGAGCUGCAGCUGAAUUUCAGUCAACACUUUUUCCCUCUGCUCCUCGUCGAAUGCAAAAAAAGCGAAAAUGAAAACUCAUUCCAAAUGAAAUAAAUUAACAUUUGAAACAUUGUUGAUGUCCACUGCACAGUUUGUCAUUUCAGAAACAAAAAAACAAGGUUACUCUUACGGUGCUUGUGAAAGUACACCACUGAAUCCUGACUUCUUUGAUCAAUAACUAAAUGCAUAAAUGUGUCUGUUGCUAGGUUAGCAUGGACCUCACAGACAUGCACUUAUCAGGGUAGAAGACUGACUGGUGGUGUGUUCCUUCAUUAUGUGUGUGGGCUAUGUAGCAUAUUUAAUUUGAUUGGAAAAGUCAGCUUUUUACCUUUUGAAAUAAAAUUCAAACUGAAAAGUUCAUCUGCUGCAUCGUUGAUGGCUUUGGUUGAAGUGGAGUUCCUGGACGUAUACAGAGACUCUGGUCUUUUCAGCAUUGGCGCUUAAGUUCAGGGGCCUUCCUUUCACUUACAACGCAGGCAAAGUAUUCCAAGAAUGUAUUUCCUGACGUUUCGGAGAACGGGACUUUCGGAGAACGGUCUUCUCGUUAGAGUUGAAUUGAAAUGUGUUCCUGUGCUUGCGAGGUUCAUAAAGGAAGGAUUGGAGUUGGGGGUGGGAGGGUUACGCGCUUUGCUUUGUAUGAAUUCAGAUAUCUGCUUUUUUGUAAGUUUGCUCAGCCGUUUUCCACUGAAAAAGAUGAAGAGUAAAACGAGGCUGGUUUGGACUGGAGUGACACCCACCCCCUCGCGCACGUCACACUUAUUUAUGGGUUUAAAGCGCGCGCUGUCGCGAGCCUGUGCCCGCUUUUCGGGCGCAGCGCCGGUGGAGUUCCCGAAACGUGUAUGCUGUAGUGCUGGGUUUU